AUUGGCUUGUCGCCCAAGAAGUGUGUAUAUUCAUUCAGAGGCAAUUCCAUUUUCCAAAAAAACAUAAAAAGGUUAGACGGAAGAGCUUUCAACACUCAAGAGAUCGGAAGAAGCUGACAUCACACAGACUCCAAAUUUUUCAAUAGCUUUUAGUACUAUCAGAUAAUGGCUAGAUACGACAGAGCGAUCACCGUUUUCUCGCCGGACGGCCACUUAUUCCAAGUGGAGUACGCCAUGGAAGCCGUACGCAAAGGAAACGCCGCCGUCGGUGUACGUGGAACUGACACUGUUGUCCUUGGUGUUGAGAAGAAGUCCACUCCCAAGCUUCAAGACUCCAGGUCAGUAAGAAAGAUUGUAAAUCUAGAUAAUCACAUUGCAUUGGCGUGUGCUGGGCUGAAAGCAGAUGCACGAGUGCUUGUGAAUAAGGCACGCAUUGAGUGUCAGAGUCAUAGGCUUACGGUUGAAGAUCCUGUUACUGUUGAGUACAUAACUCGUUACAUUGCUGGUCUUCAGCAAAAGUACACUCAAAGUGGUGGGGUGAGGCCAUUUGGUCUAUCCACGUUGAUCAUUGGUUUUGACCCACACACAGGUGUCCCCUCACUUUACCAAACAGAUCCAUCAGGUACAUUCUCAGCUUGGAAAGCCAAUGCGACUGGUAGAAACUCCAACUCUACUCGGGAAUUCUUGGAGAAGAAUUACAAAGAAACAUCUGGCCAGGAAACUGUGAAACUAGCAAUACGUGCUUUGCUUGAAGUUGUUGAAAGUGGUGGAAAAAACAUAGAAGUUGCUGUGAUGACAAAAGAGGAUGGGCUUAAGCAACUUGAGGAAGCUGAAAUUGAUGCCAUUGUUGCUGAGAUCGAAGCAGAGAAAGCUGCUGCAGAAGCAGCCAAAAAGGCCCCACCGAAGGAAACCUAGUUGUGCUGAAAUUUGUUCUUAACUAUCCCUGAAUCCUUUCUUUUUUUGGAUCAAGUUAAGUGCAGUUCUCCUUGAAUUUUAAGAUUUUGGUCUGUUUAAUAUUUGGUACCUUUGUUAAAAUUGUCUUAUGGGACUAAAAAAGUUAUGCUCUCGCGAUCUCUGCC